ACAUCUUAACCCCCGCUCACAACAUCUCUCGACCCUUGCGUCAAACUCUCCAAGUGAAGCAACUUACCUCUGAAGAUCCUGCCAUCUCAAGUACAUUUCGUCAAGAUGGCUCCCUUUGGUAAGAUUUACAGUUAUCCUACCAACCCUCGGGCCACACGUGUUAUGAUAAUAGCCGAGAUGAAUGGUCUAGAGAUAGAGAUCCCCCCAUUCACCAUAGGCGAAACCAACAAGUCCGCUGAAUUCCUAGCCAAAUUCCCGCUCGGAAAAGUUCCGGCGUUCGAGGGCAACGAUGGUUUCCUCUUAACUGAGAGCAUUGCCAUCGCUAGCUACGUAGCACAGGCAGGUCCCAAAGCGGACCAACUUCUUGGCAGAGAUGCCAAGUCACAGGCCUUGAUUAAGCAGUGGGCAUCCUUCGCUGAGAGCGAGCUGUUCAACAAUGCCUUCAUGCCCAUCGCAAUGGCUGCCUUAAAAUUAUAUCCCAUGAACGAAGUAGCUUUUGACAGGCACGUUGAAAGCUUACAGAAGGAUGUCAAGGCCCUUGAAAAGGCCCUCGAAGGUGGCAAGAAGUACCUCGUUGGAGACGAAGUGACGAUGGCAGACUUCAUGGUUCUCAGCUGGGUGUACUAUGUUAUGAAGUACUUUGGCGAUGCUGAGAUGCGCCAGGCCAACCCGAACCUGGUCGCAUACUUCGAGUCGUACGCUGCUGUACCGGAAUACAACAAGUAUUUCGGCAAGGCCGAGUAUUGUGAGAAGGUCUUGACCAAGGACGCAUAGAGAAUUAGGAAAAUAUCGUAAUGAAGGCGACUCAUGCGCAAAGAAAGCCAGUUUUGAACCAUGCAUAAUAACCAAUGUGAUUUUACUAAAUUGAUGACUUAGCACUGCUGACUCAUCAUCGCCGGGAGGGAGGGGUAGCAGAGCAGCAGUGUGCCCGUCCAGAGGGAUAAAACGUGUAAUCUCAACUAUU